GGCGGCGGGUGCUCCGCGCGCACGCGCAUAAGCCCUCCGCGCCCCGCCCCCGCGCGCCGCCGCAUCCCUCGACCCCGGGCCGUGGGCCGCAAGGGGUGGCAUGCGGGACUACGACGAGGUGACCGCCUUCCUUGGCGAGUGGGGGCCCUUCCAACGCCUCAUCUUCUUCCUGCUCAGCGCCAGCAUCAUCCCCAACGGCUUCAGCGGCCUGUCGUCCGUGUUCCUAGCUGGGACCCCGGAGCACCACUGCCGGGUGCCGGACACCGCGAACCUGAGCAGCUCGUGGCGCAACCACAGUAUCCCGGUGCGGCUGCAGGACGGUCGCGAGUUGCUCCAUAGCUGCCGCCGCUACCGGCUCGCCACCAUCGCCAACUUCUCAGCACUCGGGCUGGAACCGGGGCGUGACGUGGACCUGGAGCAGCUGGAGCAGGAGAACUGCCUAGAUGGCUGGGAGUUCAGCCAGGACGUCUACCUGUCCACCAUCGUGACCGAGUGGAACCUGGUAUGUGAGGACGACUGGAAGGCCCCGCUCACGAUCUCCAUGUUUUUCGUGGGCGUGCUAUUGGGCUCCUUCAUUUCAGGGCAGCUCUCAGACAGGUUCGGUCGGAAGAAAGUGCUGUUUGUAACCAUGGCCAUGCAGACAGGCUUCAGCUUCCUGCAGGUCUUCUCGAAGAACUUCGAGAUGUUUAUCGUGCUGUUUACCUUUGUAGGCAUGGGCCAGAUUUCCAACUAUGUGGCAGCAUUUGUCCUGGGAACAGAAAUUCUUGGCAAGUCAAUUCGUAUUAUAUUCUCCACGUUAGGAGUGUGCAUAUUUUAUGCCUUCGGCUACAUGGUGCUGCCACUGUUUGCUUACUUCAUCAGAGACUGGCGGAUGCUGCUGCUGGCACUGACGGUGCCAGGGGUACUAUGCGUGGCACUCUGGUGGUUCAUCCCUGAGUCUCCCCGUUGGCUCAUCUCUCAGGGACAAUUCAAGGAGGCAGAGGUGAUCAUCCGCAGGGCUGCCAAAAUGAAUGGGAUUGUUGCCCCCUCCACCAUCUUUGACCCGAGUGAGUUACAAGACCUAAGUUCUAAGAAGCAGCAGUCCCACAGCAUUCUGGACCUGCUCCGAACCCGGAAUAUCCGAAUAGUCACCAUCAUGUCCAUAAUUCUGUGGAUGACCAUAUCAGUGGGCUAUUUUGGGCUUUCCCUUGAUACUCCUAACUUGCAUGGGGACGUCUAUAUGAACUGCUUCCUUUCGGCUGUGGUUGAAGUCCCAGCAUAUGUGCUGGCCUGGUUGCUGUUGCGGUAUCUGCCCCGGCGCUAUUCCAUGGCCACCGCCCUCUUCCUGGGUGGCAGUGUCCUUCUCUUCGUGCAGCUGGUGCCCCCAGACUUGUACUAUUUGGCUACAGUCCUGGUGAUGGUGGGCAAGUUUGGAAUCACUGCUGCCUUUUCCAUGGUCUAUGUGUACACAGCUGAGCUGUACCCCACAGUGGUCAGAAACAUGGGUGUGGGAGUCAGCUCCACAGCGUCCCGCCUGGGCAGCAUCCUGUCUCCCUACUUUGUUUACCUUGGUGCCUAUGACCGCUUCCUGCCCUACAUCCUCAUGGGAAGUCUGACCAUCCUGACAGCCAUCCUCACUUUGUUCCUCCCAGAGAGCUUUGGCACCCCACUUCCAGACACCAUUGACCAGAUGCUAAGGGUCAAAGGGAUAAAAUACAGGCAGACUGCAAGUCAUACAAAGAUGUUAAGAGAUGGUGAAGAAAGCCCCACAAUCCUUAAAAGCACAGCCUUCUAACACAGCUUCCAGUAAGUGAGAAACUUAAGAGGAUAGACUGUGUCUUGUCAGAAACAGCUUGUGCAGACUCCGAGUCCUUCAGUGACAAAGACCUUUGCUGUUUAUUCUCUUCACCUGUGUCUGACUUGCUCAUGGAUGGGCACCCAGACUCAGAGGUAUGUGGAGUCCUAGAGUACCACUCCUCUGAAGACCCCGUGGCUACCUACUAACACCUUUAGAUAAGUCCUAACUUAUGAUGAUGGACUGAGAAGUUCAUUAUUCACCAGAACCAAUGGGAUUUGGAAGAACAUAAGAAGAAUCUGUUAAAUCUACAUUUUAAUUUUAGACUACUUGAAAAGGCUUCUAAUAAUUCUAGAGGUCUAAGUUCCUCUAUCUCCUUCUUUCUAAUGGUGGCCUUUAGAGGAAAAGAAAUUGUUUCACAGGGAGUUUGAUUUCUCACCUUUUUUUUUUGC